AUGGCCCCUUCUCUUGCUCUUCCUCAACAGCUCAUCGAUAUGUCUUCUUGGUUCAGCGAGAAAGUCUUCUCUCGCCUCCCCAGCCGCUUCUUUUCGAAACCGCAACUGUACGCUGUCAUCUCAGACGAAGAAGGCUCCUUCCCUGGUUUGCAAGAACCGAAACAAGAGACCAGCAAGUUCUCAGAUCCACCAGCCCAGUCCAAGACUCUCAAGAUCCUCAUCCUCCUCCUUAUGGUCGUUGUCUUCGUUUCAGAGCUCUUCUUCGUCAUCCUCUAUCCUCUCCAUGCACACUCGGAGAAGCAAUUCUCGACCCCACCUCCGCGGUCAUCCCCCUCGCCAUUCGCAUCCACCACCGUGAGACAAUGCGGCGACUCCGCCGACGCCGCCCGCAGCCUAGACUGCAAAUUCGACUACCUGACCAUUUCCUGGGAGACGCCAGGCUGCUACCACCCAGACAUCGUCGAGUCCUUUCUGGCGGCGCGCGAAUGGAAAUUCUACGAGGACCCGAACGGUACCGCCGUCUCUUCCUGGGAUGUCGUCUCUAGCGGCUCCCGCCGCUACAAUGUGCCCUGGGACUGGCACUUCACGCAUUGCAUGUACACAUGGCGUAUGAUGCAGACGGCGGUGCUGGAGCGGCGGGCGCUGCCAGAUAACAUCCUGGCCUUCGACCACACGCGUCAUUGUAUGGAGGUGGUGCGGGACCGGCGGUGGGAUUUCGAGGAGCUGCACACGCUGGUGCAUGUCAAAUGGCCAAAAUGCAUGCCCUAUGAGGAAUGGGGCAUGGCGAACUUUGUAGAUCCGCUGCGCAGCAAGCUGGGGAUUAUUUGA